UGGAGAUUUGAGAAAUUUAUUGAGAUAUUUUCUUGUAAAUUUCACGAAAAGGAAUGAGGAGCAUUUUCUUCAAGUCUUCGUCUCCGUCUAGAGCAAUUAUCCCACCUCCCACCCAGAGCCGCUCUUUCUCUGAAUCGUUAAUGGACGAGAACAUUGAUCUCGCAGAGUCUCUCAUUACUGAGUGGGAUUCCGACGUUUCCUCCUACUGCAAAAUCAUCUCCCUUUUCCACGGAGACCGUACCGAGGCCAAACAGUACCUACGCUCCGUCAGAGACUUGCAGUCCGCCAUGCAAUUCUUGGUUACCCAGGAUUCCGCCUCCGACCAGCUUGUUAGGGCUCAGAACUUGAUGCAAAUGGCUGUGAAGAGGUUGGAGAAGGAGUUCUACCAGAUUCUGUCGGACAAUAGAGAGUACUUGGAUACCGAAUCGGUUUCGGUUUCGACCCGCUCUACGAGAUCCUCGGCGGCGAGGUCGAGUGUCUCCGACUUGGAGGACGAUGAGUCGGACGAAGAAUUUCUAGUCGCAGGUGAGUCCAUAUCUGGGGUGGAGAUAAUCUCGACGGUUGCAAUGGCGGACUUGAAAGCCAUUGCGGACUGCAUGAUAUCCUCUGGCUACGCGAAAGAGUGCAUGAAAAUCUAUACUAUUGUUAGAAAAUCAAUUAUCGAUAAGGCACUGUAUCAUCUUGGUGUUGAGAGGCUGAAUCUCUCGCAGGUGCAGAAGAUGGAUUGGGAGGUACUGGAACUGAAGAUCAGGAGCUGGUUGAACGCUGUGAAAAUCGCCGUGAAAACUCUCUUCUACAGAGAGAGGAUUCUCUGUGACAGCGUGUUUCCGGGUUCGUUUCCGAUCGCAGAGUCGUGCUUCGCUGAAAUUUCGGGAGAGAGCGGGAUGAUCCUGUUUGGAUUCCCCGAACUCGUGGCAAAGUGCAAGAAAUCCCCCGAGAAAAUGUUCCGCACGCUGGACUUGUACGAAGCUAUUUCUGAUCACUGGUCGGAGAUUGAAUAUAUUUUCUCGUUCGAAUCGACCUCGGCAGUCCGAACACAGGCCAUCAAUUCUCAGAUCAAGCUCGGUGAGGCGGUGCGUGGAAUGCUAACAGACUUCGAAAUGGCCAUCCAGAAGGACUCAUCGAAGACAGCCGUUCCUGGUGGCGGAGUCCAUCCACUCACACGCUAUGUGAUGAACUACAUCUCCUUCCUCGCCGAUUACAGCGGUAUCCUCGCAGACAUUGUCGCCGACUGGCCUUUAGUAUUACAGUCGCCGUUACCGGAAUCCUACUUCGGGAGCCUGGAGUCCGACAACAGUCCGAUUACCGUCCGAAUCGCGUGGUUGAUCCUCGUCCUCCUCUGUAAACUCGACGGCAAAGCGGAGCUCCACAACGAUGUGGCGCUCUCUUACUUGUUCUUAGCCAACAACCUCCAAUACGUCGUCGUUAAAGUGCGAACGUCGAACCUAAAUCUCCUCCUUGGUGAUGAGUGGGUGACGAAUCACGAGUCGAAGGUCAAACAGUACGCCUCGAACUACGAGCGAAUGGGCUGGAGCAAGGUGUUCGCAUCGCUACCGGAAAAUCCGACGGCCGAGAUUCCACCGGAGCAAGCGAAGGACAGCUUCAAGAAAUUCAAUGCUGCGUUCGAAGAGACGUAUAGGAAACAGAAGGCAUGGAUCGUUCCAGACCCGAAACUCCGAGACGAGAUAAAAGUUUCGGUAGCGAAGAAGCUCGUAUCGGCAUACAACGACUUUUUUGAGAGGAAUCGUGUGGGGUCAGAGUCGUUUGUUCGGUAUACCCCUGAUGAUUUGGGGAAUUACUUGUCGGAUCUAUUGUAUGGGAGCGGAGGCGGAGGGAGUGUUUCGUCAUCUUCAAUGUCAUGUUUUUGGCCUCGUAGGCAAGGCCGUUGAGAUUUGGGCGGCUGCUAUGACCGGCGUUAGGCAUGUUUCGUAGAAAAACAAAAGAGCGCGUAGAUAUUAUAUAGAUA